GAAGCUUUAUAAAUUCAGCAUUUUCAACGUCUGAAAAAUGAUUUUCGAGCUCAUCCUAAUUUCAAUUGUUACCUACUAUUUCUGGCAUUGGACUUUCUGGAAGCGACGUGGAUUGCCAGGCCCUUGGGGAGUUCCGAUUUUCGGAAAAGCUGGAGCUAUGCUGGAGGAUAGUUUCCCACCGGGUUACACUCUUCAAAAAUGGACAAAGGAAUAUGGAAAAAUUUAUGGAUUCACUGAAGGAAUGCAGAAAGUCAUGGUGAUUUCAGAUCCUGAUUUGGUUCAGGAAAUCCUUGUGAAACAGUACGAUAAUUUUUAUGGAAGAAAGCAUAAUCCAGUUCAAGGAGAUCCAGAUAAGGAUAAGGAUAUUCAUAUUGUUGGAGCUCAAGGUUUUAGAUGGAAACGUCUCCGAACAAUCACGGCACCUGCAUUUUCAAAUGGCAGUAUCAAAAAAGUAUUGACUACAAUGGAAGAUAGCACACAGGAGCUUAUGAAAAAAUUAAGAGAAGAAUCAGAGAAUGGAAAAGCAGUCAAUAUGCAUCUUUUCUACCAGGAGUACACCUUUGACGUGAUCUCCAGAGUUGCCAUGGGACAACCCGACUCCCAAAUGUUUAAAAAUCCAUUAUUAAAGGAUGUUAAAGGGUUCUUCGAGCACAACCGCUGGCAGAUCUGGAUGUUCAGUGGAGGAUUUCCAUUUGCUGUGUCUUUUCUCAAAUGGUUGUUCAUUAAAGUAGGCAAGUUCGGAGCUGGUCCCUUUAUUGUCGUGCAAAAAUCGGUAACGGACGCAGUGAUGUCCCGGAUUGCUCAACGAGAAGCCGAUAAGAAACAUGGAGUUGAGCCAGGAGAGGCCGCUGAUUAUAUUGAUAUGUUUUUGAAUGCAAGAGCCGAAGUUGAACAUUUUGGUGAAAGCAAUGACGAAUUCCAUAAAUCAUCCUCCUAUAAUAACCGACAACUGACCACUCAAGAAAUCAUUAGCCAGUGCUUUGUAUUUUUAGUUGCUGGAUUUGAUACUACAGCCAUUUCCCUUUCCUAUGUUACAUACUUCUUGGCAUUGAAUCCAAAAAUUCAGAGCAAGUUACAAGACGAAGUAGACAAAGAAUGUCCAAAUGAUGAGAUCACAUUUGAUCAGCUUUCAAAAUUGAAAUAUAUGGAUAAUGUGAUCAAGGAGUCAUUAAGAUUGUUCCCAUUUGCUUCUUUUGCAAACUCCCGCCGAUGCAUGAGAAAUACGGUUAUCGGAGAGCAAAUUGUAGAAGCUGGUGUUGAUGUGAUGAUCGACACCUGGACUCUUCACCAUGACAAAAAUGUAUGGGGAAAUGACGUAGAAGAGUUCAAGCCUGAAAGAUGGGACUCUCCAUUAACUCCUCAACAAGCAUACCUCUCAUUUGGUGCUGGACCCAGAGUAUGUCUCGGAAUGCGGUUUGCACUUUUGGAGCAGAAAGGAUUAUUGUCACAUAUACUCAAAAAAUAUACUUUCGAGACAAAUGCGAAGACACAGCUUCCGAUUAAAUUAGUAGGCCGAGCAACUGCAAGGCCUGAAAACUUGUUCUUGUCAUUGAAGCCGAGAGUUUGAUUAUAAUAUACCUUUCCUAAUCCCUCC